UUAACGGUGGGCGGAGUUUUUCCGGAGGGCGGGCUCUCUCUGACAGCAGGAAAAGGUUGGAGACUGUCAGCGGUGGUUGUCUUCAAAUAAUCCGACUGGUGUUUGUAUAAUCUGCCUUUUGUCGAACCCGUGGACCUAUGGCUAAAAAAGGGAUGACCCUGUGUAAUGUGUGCUGCCUGCUUCUUUAUGUCACCACAGCAGUGCUCGCCGGACGUGAUUUCUACAAAAUCCUGGGGGUGAGCAAGUCAGCAUCAAUAAGAGAUAUUAAGAAAGCGUACAGAAAGCUAGCUCUACAGCUACAUCCUGACAGAAACCAAGACGACCCUAAAGCUCAAGACAAGUUCGCGGAUCUGGGAGCAGCUUAUGAGGUUCUCUCAGAUGAGGAGAAGAGGAAACAGUACGAUAUGUACGGAGAAGAUGGAUUAAAAGAAGGUCACCAUAGCUCUCACAAUGAUAUUUUUUCCAGCUUCUUUGGUGAUUUUGGUUUCAUGUUUGGAGGCAACCGGCAGCAGCAGGACAGGAACAUUCCACGAGGAAAUGAUAUCAUACUUGACCUGGAGGUCACACUAGAAGAGGUUUAUUCUGGAAACUUUGUGGAGGUGAACUUUGGAGGUGGAGAUUGAACAAGGAGUAAGAGAUGAGAUGGAGUAUCCCUUCAUCGGAGAAGGUGAACCUCACAUUGAUGGUGAACCUGGAGAUCUGCGAUUCCGCAUCAAAGUGUUAAAACAUCCUGUGUUUGAGCGCAGAGGAGACGACCUGUACACCAACGUCACCAUCUCCCUGGUAGAGGCACUGGUCGGCUUUGAGAUGGACAUUGUUCAUUUAGACGGACACAAGGUCCAUAUAGUCAGAGACAAGAUCACUAAACCUGGAGCACGAAUGUGGAAGAAAGGCGAGGGUUUGCCAAACUUUGACAACAUCAACAUAAGAGGUUCUCUUAUUAUCACCUUCGACGUGGAGUUUCCUCAGACACAACUUGAUGAUCAGCAGAAAGACGGAAUCCGGAGUCUCCUGAAGCAGGAAUCUGUUCAGAAAGUUUACAAUGGACUACAAGGAUACUAAAACAAGUGACACAGCCUGGACUGAUUUCUUUGCUACACAGUAACACAAACACACAUGUUGAGGUCAGAAAGAGUGUUCUCCAAGGUUCUAUCUAGUCGGGGUGUAUUUAUUAUUUUCAAAUUAUUCUCAGGACGAUUCAAUCUAGUUGGUCUUUAUUUUUUAUGCAUCUUGUGAGGAGCAGCAGCAAACGCUGUUUUAUGUGAACUCCCCACAUGGUGUACUGUCACACGAACAACUUUUUGAACAUUCUAAUAAUCAGUGUAGGAACAUCUGUGGCUGUCCUGCUGGUGUGAUGAUKGCUGUGAUGGAGAAAACAGUUUGCUACAGCAGCACCAGCGGUGAAGGAAGAGCUGUUGAGGAGUCGUCACAGCUGCAGCUGCUCUAUUUCAACCUGUUUUUUUGUUUGUUUUUGUGUUUUAUUAUGGUGAUUGGUUUUACAAAUUUAAUAGUGCCACUUAAGUCACUUCUUUCUCUGGUUUGAUUUACAGUUUAUCUACAUUUUGUAAAUAGCGAAUAAGGCGCCUUUGAUUGAGUUUUAGUUUUUUUUAAUUUAUGUUUGUUUGUUUGCAUUUAACCUCUGAAGGGAGAUGUGUUGCACUGCACUGCCUUCAAGUUCUCUGGGUUGACCUCUUUUAAAUUUAACAGUGGUCACAUUUUUAAAAAUAUAAAUUUAAAAGACUGGCUUUCUCAUCCUCUGACACCAAUUUGAAACUCAGACCUGAGAUUYAAAAAGGCAUGUAACUGGUUUUAUAUUUUGUUUAACAGAAGUGGACCUCUCCUUCUAAACUAGAUGAAUGACCAUCUUUACAUGUCUGAGAGACUCAACUUUUUUAAUGUCAAAUUAAAAAUGUACACAAAUUUGAUAAAAUGUCAUAUCAGAAAUUCACCACUAGAUGGCGAUGUAGUCAAGUGAAUGGCAAAUAAAAACAGUGCUUGUGGAAACUUCA